AAAGGUGCGUGUCGAGGGUUAGAAACAUGACACAACCCGUAUCAGAAGAAGUUUCAAAGUAAGGAGUUUGUAAUACAAUUUAAGGAGACAAAAUGGUUUGUUCGGGGAACAUGUGCUGUACCAGCCUGGAGGAGGCUAAGGCCCUAAUGAAGAUGGGCUUGAGCAUGGUGCUGGUAGGACAUGUGAAUUUUCUUCUGGGGGCUCUGGUGCAUGGAGCAGUAUUGCGACACAUCAGUCUACAUAAACAAGCACGUGCUAUGGAAUAUGCCAUCUCCAACGUCAUCGCCCUAACUGCCGGCCUUGCGGGGGUUAUUGUUGGGAUUGUGACCAUUGUCCUGUCUAAAAACAAGAGGAACAGAGUACUAACAUGGACGCUGUUUGCGUUCAGCGGGGUGACCAGUCUCCUUGCUGCAGCCUCUGCUGUUGGACUAACCGUCUCCCUCGUGAGAACGAUUGCCAAUGGUGGCCGAAGUCUCCUUACUCACUGUCGGUUUCCUGACGCCGUGGGAUACUCCAGCAUCACCAACGAGUGCCCUUUUGACCCCACGCGCAUAUAUAGUACUACUAUUAUCCUAUGGGUUCCACUGAUAGUGAUGAGUGUGGUGGAGACUGUGUUUUCCGGGCGCUGUUUUGACGUCUGCAUCUUAUUUCUUGGCCUGCCAUGCUGUUGCCACGCGAAACACAGACCAGAAGGCCGCGGCAUACCGGUGAAGACCACGCAAGCCUCUGGGGCACCCGCCCUCCCUCGCUACGCCCCUCCACCGCGACAUCAGCAAGGACGCAAUGAGAAGAGGCCCCCCGAGCGACCUCCGGAGCAGCACGAACUGCUCCGUACCUCCAAACCCCACCAUUCCCAUCGCUCCGCCCGCUCCGCCCAGGUCCAGCAGUCUCCCCCGUUCAACCGCGCCUCCCUAAAUCGAUCCAGUUUCUGGAUCUGAAAGCCCUGCCCCAGGACCUCAGUGUAUGUGGGUUAUACUGACCUGGAGGUUAUUUUAUCUUGAAACUGCUCAUACUUGAAUGUAAAUGCGAACAAUUGAAACUUGUACAGUUUACCAUUUACGUGCGGCUCUCAGGUGUUUAUGUACCUACGUGUGGCACACCGAUGUGUUUUAAAUGUCUGAUGUUUUCUCUGUCCGAGGCCUUGAGGGUCACAUGAAGCUGCCUGUUUUCAUAGUUUUAAUUUUUAACAGUUGUGAGUCGUGGACGUGCGUGUGGGCCAGAGGUGUUCAUAUGGAUUAAGGGUGCUUAAGCGUAAUAUUUACGAAACCUGGAAGGCAGUGGAGCAUGACUUCAAUUGGCAGGGUUAAGGACUAAAGUGACAAUGCAAUAAAUGACUGCAGAGUACGCAAGGAUUACAUAUAGCUUUAUAUAAAUAAUGUGGUAUUUAUUUUCUCCCCCAUAAAUAAAUGAAACCCUUCAGCUGAACCUUUUUUUUUUUACCUUUCCCUCAUUUUAAUGUUCUGUAACAUAUUUGCCACAUUAGUAUUCUGAGUAAUGCCUUCCUCAGCUGUGUACAAGCGGAGCCACCUAUCCAACGGAAAAUUACCUUCCGAAGUGAUUUCGUCACACAGACACUGAGCAGGACCGACAGGUUACUGCCUUGACAGUGCUGUUUUUCAAACUGUUAUGCAAGUAUGAGGGAUGGGGUGGGGGGGGGUGGGAAAGAAAACAAAGACCAGAAUGCACUGUUUCAAACACAUAGGUAUAUUUGCCAUCAGGUUUCAGUGAAAGGGGACAAUCAUGACAUCCUCGCAUGAGGUCUUCAUGCAACAUAAAAGUAGUGCGGUUGUCAAGGGUGCCGUGUCAGAUAUGGUCCCUCAGUACAAACGUGGAAGUAAUGAGGUGCAGCUCGCUUCAGAUGUGGGACUUUUGUUAAGAUGGAGACGAAAGCUCCCUCGCAGUACACAAAAAAGGCAGGAGAAGCUACACUGGGAUGCUUUAAGUGAAGCAGAGCAGAGUGUGAAGUCUUUUCUCUUCUUUUUCUUCUUCUUCUGUCACGAAUACCACAAAAGAAGAUCAAAGCAGUGAAAAUUUCUGCACUCCCUCAUUCAAGAGUGUAAAGAAGCCCUUGGUGUUGGCUCGCAGAGUGAUACCUCUCUUUUGGAUGAAAGAAGAGAUUUGACUUUGAUAAAGAUACUCACAUUGAUGAAUUAAACUAAUAAAAAAAGUA